GCUCAAGGCUCUGGACAGCCAGGGUCGCCCCUCGCAAACUCGCGAGCCUUAGUGUGUCUGCACAUCAUUUCCAUCUUCACGUAGCUUUAUACGUCUCUAUGUCAGAUCCAUGAAACGCUUCUGCGCGAUUACGCUCGCUUUCGCCGACGCCAGCCUCGAGUCUCGCUUCGACGCGAGCUUCUUGGAGUUGGGCGCCGGCGCGAACCUCACCUGGAGUGGCCGCUGGCAAGAGCGGGUGCGCGAGAGUGGGGCAUCCCUUCCGGACCUCAAGAAGAUCGAGAAGGACUCGCCCUUUGGGACAGGCCCCGGCCGGAAGGUGACGUGCGUGGGCACCAAAGGCGUGCUCGCGCCGGUGGGCUUCUCGGAGCCCACGCUGCAGCCCCUGGUGCCCGCCACCUCCAUCGACGAGGUCUGGGCCUACAACGACGCCGGCAGGUAUGGGGCCAGUGUUCAGGGCAUGAAGUUUGUGGCCCUCGCUCUGGCAUCUGGGGAGCUGAAUGGAGGCGCGUAUCAGAUCCUCUUCGGCACGGACGUGCCAAAAUCUGCUGCGCUUUGGGGCGGCAGCGACUGCGACUACACUUCGGCGAAGCUGACGGUGGGCGCAAGGGCCGACAGCUCCGGCAAGGAGGGCUCUGGGGGCUGGGAGGGCAGCAGUUGGCGCAUCUACCGCCAGGUGACCUGCGUGGGUACCUGGGGCACUCAUCUGCCCUGGAGCUACACCAAGCCCGUGAGCAGCCCCAAGCUGCCCAAGAGCCCCGAUGAGGUUUGGCGUAUCAACGUCGCCGGGGAUUUCGGCUCCAACGUGCAGGGCAUGCGCUACGCGCUGGUGAGCCUGUCGAAGGGCCAGGAUAACGGAGGAACUUAUGACAUCCUCUUCAGCAACAGCCUCCCUCCUGAGAAGGAGUCGGUCUGGGAAGAGUCGGACUGCGAGUUCGGGGUGAAGCAGAUGCUCAUGGGCGCUGCCCCCGACUCCAAAGCCAGGACGAAGAAAGACACCAGCUUCGGGGGCCGCACGUGGAAGUUCUACAAGCGCGAGGCCACUUGCGCGGCGGAAGUGGCCGUCCUCAACCCGGCCGCAGUGAUGUGCAACACCAACAACUACUGGGGAGGCAGGCGCUAG